AUGUCGGACAACAAUGAUGAUCCCGAGAGGUCUCUCGGCCAGCUCGAAAAUACCCCUGCUGUGUCAUCUGAUUCCAUUGAUGAAAUGGCCAAGCGGCUACAGGAUGCCAUCACUGGGGGCAAAGACAAGAAGGUUGACGAGGAGCUUGCAAAAGACCUUAUCUCCAAAAACCCGGAACUUCUUAAAAAGAAAUUCGAUUGGGUCCCUGAAAAGAUCAAUGCGGAGGAUAAUCCAACCUUAGAGGAGGCGACUCCGCUCAUGUUAGCGGCCGCGUAUGGGAGAACUGAAGUUUUCAAAUGCAUCCAUGAGAUGUCAACCGAAGACGACCCCUCACUAGAUGAAAGAUUGGCGGCAUUGAUUUUGGCCACAAGGGGCUCCCAUAUUUCCAUUGCCCAGAGUAUCCUGAAUGCCUCGCCUAUAAUCCUCAAUCGACGGGAUAAAGCUGGAGACACCUGUCUUCUGAAAGCUGCUCGCUCCGGUAAUAUUAACUCCGUGAAAUGGCUACUCGAUAACAAGGCAGAUGUUUUGGCUCAGGAUGAAGAUGGGAAUACAGCACUGCAUUUCGUCUGCCAGAGUGGGACAGAACACGAGGCCACCACCAAUGUGAUGCAAGGAUAUCACCAAGUCAUCAAAUCAAUUCUGAACAGCCGACCAGGGCUGCUGGAAAAACGCAACAAUUGCGAAGAGACUCCUCUUUUGGUCGCAGCUCGUUAUGGGAGACCAUCUAUUUGCAUAUUGUUGAUGAAUCAGAUGGGCGCUGAUACUUCGGCCCAAGAUGACAGUGGAAACACUGCGCUCCAUCUCAUUUCCAAAUUGAGCCCAAAAGACUUCUCUUCCACAACACUACAGGGGGAGCUACUGGUGGUUGUGAAAACACUGCUAAAGCAGACCCCUAGCUUGUUGGAAAAGCGAAAUGAUGUCGAAGAGACUGCUCUUUUGAGAGCAUCACUACAUGGCAACUUGUAUAUUGUCCUAUAUCUUUGCAAAUUGGGCGCAGACAAAGAAACCAGGGACCGCUGGGGAUACACACCGCUCCUGAAUAGUGCUUACUUUGAUGCUGGCCCGGUAUUGAAGUAUCUUAUUGAUUCCAAGGCAGAUACAAUGGCGAAAAAUGCCAGCGGAUCGAAUGCACUACACCUAGCAUGUGUUGAAGGAUACUCUUCCAUUGUUGGUAUUCUUCUCACAAUUCCACAGCAUCAGUUGAAGAAACUCAUGGUCAAGUCUGAUCACUAUCGCCGAACGCCUCUACGAAUUGCUGUUGAAAGAGGAGAUGUAUCAAUUGUCUCCCAGUUGCUGCAGUCAAGAUUCUAUUUCCCUCAAAAUCCCGCUCUGGACGAAGUGAAUCGUUCUCCAGACUCUGAAACGCAGGAUAUCUCGAACUGGCUCUUGGCGAAAUUGCGUCAAAGUGAUAGUGAGAACAAGCAGAGUGAUUACGAGGAGAGUGACAACGAGGAAAAUGAGAACAAGGAUAGUGAGAAUGAAGACCUGUUUAGUGAUCGGUCCAUCUCUGCUGUGUUUUGUUGGGCUCUUUUGAAUACGAACAGUGAUGAGGAAGAUGAAAAUGAUGACAGGCAUGGCUGUGACGAUGAUCUGGUGACCCUCGUUCAUAUGAACCACCAUCCUAAACUUUCCAGUCAGGCAGAUGCCACUUGGCUACACAUGGUGGCACUUGUCGGGAAUAUCAAGUUGCUGCAAUUCAUUCCAGGUUGGAGAGACGAUAUCGUGGCAGAAGCAAGGAAGAAGACAACACCCUUGCAUAUUGCAGCACGCAUGGGACAUUUGAAAUUUCUGGGUAAACUUUUGGCAUCCCACAAGAGGAAAUAUGGGCCCCAAGAAGUCCUAAAUGCUAUUCUGCAAGAAACAGAAGACUUGGAUACCUUGAUUUCUCUAGCUGCUAGCCAGGGUCGCCUGAAGGUUGAAGAGUGGCUUUGGGACAUGAUCUUUGACAUAACCAAGGGUGAUAGGAGCUUUUCAUCGGAUUCACUUUCAAUUCGCUCAGCGUUUCUGACCGGAUCAAGCCAGAUGGCGCCAAACUCGGAGUUUAUCAGGCAGGAAAACAACAGACAACAUGUGAUUGGAGUUGCAACCUGGAGAUACACAGCUGGAGAACGCAGAUAUCUUCACGGGCUCAGAAAUCUGAUAGAGGGACGAGAAUUAAACAAGGCUCUUCCGAAUGACAGCUCUUCUGUUUUGGAGUUUCUGGUGGAGAGGAAAUUUCCAAUCGCACUUUGGUGGCUUCUUUCUGGUGGUGACUAUUUCGACGAAACCCACCUGAAGGAGUGUGAGAAGGUUUUCGAAAUGCAAAAACCUCUCCAAAGCCAAGCUCAAUCAAAUUUCAGUCAGCACAACUCACCUCAGGUAUUCAAUGCGGCUCAACUGGUGAUGGAUCUGCUGCAAAAUCUACCUCGCCAACGCAUACCCAAAGAAGAACAAGGUCUUCCACAAUUUCAGCAUGAGGCGCCAUGUAAAGGCACGCUCAAAGGGACGGUACUGGAUGUUGAAAUCAAAGAAGAUAGUCCGGUUGUUAUCAAGCUUAAGCGAGCCGACAUUGUCCAGAUUGUGUACUGCCAAGGGCCCGAAGACCUCAUGUCGAAUAAUAACUCGCAAAACUUACAAAGCAUCAAAGAAAGACUUUUUUCGUCAAACUCCACGGGGGAAUUCUCUGUGCAGCAGACAGGAGACGUCUCGGCCCCAACACAAGGCGCAGAUCACCUGGAUCAAGACAAAAAAAAGAACUCUGCCGAGUCGAGCGGAUUCAAGCACAAGCUCCGGUGGAUUCAUAUCCCAAAGAACGAUGUACCUUACAUAUUUUGGGGGAAUAAGCGUGCUGCAAAGAAGGUAAAGGAGCUUGAAAGAGAAGGCAUAAGUCAAAAUUCUCCAGUGCUUGAUACACAAACCCCAGCUGUACCUGAUCAGACUCAUAACAUUGGCGGUCAAGCCCGUUUUGCGGAUACACAACGCUCUGAGUCGACUGGUACCAUCCAGGCACUCCAAGAAACACAAAUACCCAGUUUGAACCGCGUACUUGAGAACUAUGGUACCUCUGAGCAGCAACAGUCUCGCUGGCCAGCAGAUGAUAGAAGUUCUGGUAAGGGAAUUGAUCACAGACCACUCACUCUGGAUCAGUAUUAUUACGAGUCGCUCCGAGAUACCUAUGAUCGUGAUGAUGAUCAAGUCCUUUCGCGAUUGUUUAAAAACGCAGCCGAGAAAGAGAAACAACGAGCGAAGGACGCAGAGAAACAAAAAGACACCAUCCGAACAAAUAAAAAGGAAGAUUCACCAUCGGUAAACCCUCAGGAUUCGUAUAAGACUGCGGCCCGUACCGUCAAACCAGCUCAAAUUUUGAUGGUGAAUCAACUGUGGCUAUGGAUUUUGGACAAUCGUAUCGUUCCAUCUUUCAAAUCCACCCCUACCACAGAAGAAGACAAAGACAUUCAAAAGACAUUUCUGCAGCGUGUUCUCGACAAUCUUCAUCGGACCGAGCUGGACAACAUCCAACAGAAUGACAAGAGAGCGUCUCCAAUAAACCAUAUAGCGGCUCUUAUCAUGGACACAGCAAGGAGCCUCUUUAAUGCGCGAGAUAUUGAGAUAUAUGAUUCUGAUGAUGGGAAAAUUGCACCUCUCGAUGCAUACCGACAGGCCAUUCAGGACAUGCGCGAACUGGAAACAUCGCUUUUUAAAAUCUUUCGCACAUCUUUGGAUGAUAAAAGAGAGAAAUUGGUUAAAAAACGUACAUGGAUCUCUCAGUGGGCGUCUGCUCUGAAAAAUCAUCUUUUGGAGUUUACAAAGUCCACGAAGGAAGAUUCAGCAUCGAAAAAAGCACAGUUAAGCCAGCAGUUGAUAUCUCAUACCACUGCCCUUGAAACUGGCUCCAUAUCAAACCCACGACGCCGUGGCAGUGGGGUUAACCAAGAGAGGCCUUCCAACUCACCACGAAGCCGAGACAAAGACCAUUUAGAGCUUCCAGCCGAAGAUGAGGAGAACCCAUAUCAAGACAUCUCCCAAGAGACUGGUCUUUUAGAGGAAAUCAAGGAUAUUCUCGAUGAGCUGAACAUCUUGAGGACCUUAGCUCAAGAACAGGAUCAUGUGGAUGAUAUGUGGAAACAGAUCCAGACGAAACAGAAAAGCAAUCAUGCGGUCACCCCAUCCGAGAUUAGCCGAGAAAUCGAAAGCAUGAUUGGAGAUGCCAAAAGUGUUCAAGGAGACAUCAACACAUUGCUGGAUCUGAAGCAAAAGGAAGCUAGCAUUAUAGAAGCUAAAGCUACGCGAGAGCAAAGUGAUACCGUCAUGACCUUCACGGUGGUCACAAUUAUUUUCCUUCCUGCUUCAUUUUUGACUAGUCUUUUUGCGUUGAACAUCUCCGAUUUCCCUCACCAGAAUGGCAACGUAGAGUACAAGGGUUGGUGGAUAUUUCCCAUCAUCUUUGGAGUGUCUUUCAUCGUAUCUGGCUUUUUUGUGGUCCUGGCAUUCAAUACAAAUGGGCUGAAGAAGUUCUUCCAAGGUCACAGUAAUGAGAAGGACAAGAAUGAUGAGGCGAACAAGCCCAAUGAAAAGCGGAGUUUCUUUCAAAGAGCUCUAGGUAUUGUUGUCCAGGUGGCACAUUGUCGUACCUUGGGGUUUAACAACGGCUACUACCAAAAUAGAUUCUACCAGAAGGAUGAGUACUAUGUUGCCACAAGCCCUGGAGCAUGACUCCUGCUCCUAUCCAUCAACGUGAUCGCUUCAAGAAUCGACUACAUUGCCAGAUACUCCGCAUCAGAUGACCCCGCAAAAGCGCCUGAAAAAGUCCAGCUCGAGUCAAACAUUCCAAAUGGACAAGAGGACAACGUGAUAAAGCAUACGUCCGAAUGGUCGCGUGGAAAGUUCAGGGCAUACUAUAGCAAGCGCUCGGUUCUCACCGUCGAGGCUGUCGAAGUGCAGAAUAUCUGGGCGAUAGGACUCGUCACGGAUCGACCAAGAUGCUCUGGAAAGUGA